AUGUCGGAACCUUUGUCAAGAACAAUACCGUUAUCAAAAUUAAAAUACGUUUUAGACGAUAAAAGUCCGUAUGUCUUCAUUCUUGAUCUUCAAACGCAAUUGUUUUUGAAUAUCAAAAUUUCCUCUCCCGAGGAAAUUAUGCGUCGUGAAUAUAAGGACUUAAAAAAUGGAUACAUGAUCUUUAUGAUCAAUAGUCGCGAAGCAUUCAAUGCUGCUGUAAAAACUAAUAAAAAACUUCGUCAAAUUGCUGAUUUUAAAAAGCCCCCAUCACUUUGGCGGAACUCUCCAAAAGAAGUUAAGGCAGUAUACGAAAAGGUUUUUAUGGGUUAUAAAAAAUUAAUGCCCAAAAUUCAUUCUUUUGUUCAAUACCUUCCUCAAGAUCGUACAAAUGAGGAAAAUGAGAAUGACAACGAACAAAUUGAAAAUACAGAACAAAUUAUUGUUCCGCUUAAUAAUGAUCCAACUUAUUCAUCCGAAGUAUUUCAACAGUUGGAUUCCACUGGCUUUGAUCAUGGAUCGUCUUAUUCAACAGAAACAUCCAUUGAUGAUUUAGCUACAACAAGUGCAAGUUCACAUCAAAUCAUACCGAAUGAAUCAUAUUAUAUUCUGCCGGAUUGGGAAUAUUAUCUUUAUUACGAUAGGGAAAUCCGGUAUGAUUCGUCUGAUAAGGGCGGUUCUGCUGUUCGGUAG